UUUCUGGUUCUGGCUCCAACUUCUUCUUCCAUACCUAAAACCCUAAACUGGAUUUUAGGCCAAAGCUCGGCCGACUCUGACAUCUACUCUCUAUUUUCCCCUAAAUUUAGAGAGGAGGUUCCAUAUAGUAGCAGAGGAGGAUUACAGUGCCUACAGAUCGAACGCUUCCUUCGAAUUCAAUGAAGGAGAAGAAUAAUAAUAAGAGCAAUGCGAACGAGGACUUGAAGACCAAUGAAGUUCCGAAAACAGAAGGCAAGAACACAAAUUUGUUCAGAGAAGAAAGUCAAGAAGGAGAACUACUACCCUUGUCGGACGAGCAGAUUUCGCAGCUCAUGCAAAGCCAGCCCCCGUCCGAGCACGAGUCAGAAGCUGGAGAGAGUGAUGAUGAAUCUGAGGAUUAUGAAUCCUUGAGGCAGUCAGAUGAUGGAGAAAGCGAAUCCUCUGAAGAUGAUGAGGAUUCUGCAGAGAUAGACAGUGAUCUUGGUCAAGAAGAUGAACCUGUGGAUGGGGCUAUAGAGAGUGACUCCUCCGAAGAUGAGGUUGCUCCUCGAAAUACUGUUGGGGAGGUUCCCUUGGAGUUUUAUCAAGACGAGAAACAUAUUGGAUAUGAUAUAUCCGGGAAAAAGAUCACCAAAAAAGAAAGAGAAAACAAGCUAGAUUCAUUGCUCGCCAGUGUUGAUGACUCGAAAAAUUGGCGCAAGAUUUAUGAUGAUUACAAUGAUGAAGAGGUGGAGAUGACCAAAGAAGAGAUGAAAAUUGUGCGUAGACUGCUGGAAGGAAAGGCACCCCAUGCUGACUUUGAUCCACAUGCGUCUUAUGUUGAUUGGUUUAAAUGGGAUGAUGCUAAGCAUCCAUUAUCCAAUGCCCCAGAACCAAAGAGACGGUUCAUUCCUUCGAGAUGGGAAGCUAAAAAGGUUGUUGCUUUAGUUAGGGCAAUUCGUGAAGGACGAAUAAAAUUUGACAAGCCAAAAGAAGAGCCACCUGUAUAUCUUAUGUGGGGAGAUGAUUCCAGCUCAGCUGAAAAGUCUGGGCACUUAACUUAUUUUCCUGCUCCAAAACCAAAACUGCCUGGUCAUGAGGAGUCAUACAAUCCUUCUCCAGAAUACAUCCCAACAGAAGAAGAGAUUAAUUCAUACCAGCUUAUGUAUGAGGAGGAUCGCCCUAAAUUUAUUCCUAAAAGGUUUACAUCUUUGAGAAGCAUCCCAGCAUAUGAGAAUACUAUUAAGGAAUCUUUUGAACGCUGUUUGGAUCUAUAUUUGUGCCCUAGAGUUCGAAAAAAACGAAUUAAUAUUGAUCCUGAAUCUUUAAAACCCAAGCUACCAAGUCGAAAAGAUCUUAAGCCUUACCCUGUAGCAUGCUAUCUUGAGUAUAGAGGUCAUAAGGGUGCAGUUUUGUCAGUCUCUACUGAUUCCUCAGGACAAUGGAUUGCUUCAGGUUCGACUGAUGGAACCGUGCGUGUUUGGGAGGUUGAGACUGGUAGAUGUCGUAGGGUCUGGGAAAUUGGUGAAACUGUCAACUAUGUAGCUUGGAAUCCUCUGCCCGAACGUCCUAUCUUGGCAGUAUCUGUGGGACACGAUGUAAUACUUUUGAACACUGGAUUUGGAAAUGAAGAAGAGCAGAAACAAGUUAAGGAACUUCUGCAUGUUGACAUUGAUGCAGCACCACUUGACUCAGACAAGAUGGCAUCAACUGUGAACUGGAUGCAAGAUGAUAAGCAUGAGGGAAUUAGAUUAAGGCAUUUCAAGACUGUAUCCAAGGUAGAAUGGCAUCGUAGAGGAGACUAUUUAUCUUCAGUGAUGCCAGCUGGCGAUUCAAAAGCAAUUCUUAUACACCAGCUGUCUAAGAAGUUUAGUCAAAGAAUUCCAUUCAGGCUGCAUGGACUUCCAGUAUCGUCAGUUUUUCAUCCUUCUCGUUCUUUCAUCUUUGUUGCCACAAAGAAGAACGUGCGUGUUUAUGAUCUCUUUAAGCAAAAGUUGAUUAAAAAGCUUGAGACUGGACUCCAAGAAGUCUCGUCCAUUGCAAUUCAUCCUGGUGGUGAUAAUGUAAUUGUGGGAAGCAAAGAGGGAAAAUUAUGUUGGUUUGACAUGGACCUUUCAUCUCAACCUUACCGAAUUCUCAAGUGUCAUCCAAAGGACAUAACAAGCGUGGCCUUCCAUCGCUCUUAUCCACUUUUUGCGUCAUCUUCUGAUGACUGCACCGCCUAUGUUUUCCAUGGGAUGGUUUACUCAGAUCUUAAUCAGAAUCCUCUUAUUGUACCGCUGGAAAUUCUACGAGGGCAUAAUAGCUCAAAUGGAAGAGGUGUUAUGGACUGUAAGUUCCACCCUAGGCAGCCAUGGUUAUUCACCGCAGGUGCUGAUUCAUUAAUCAGACUCUACUGUCAUUAAGCUGAUUUUGACAAGAAAAGAUAUACAUACUUCACGAUUUUGAGAAGAUUGCUAACGUUUGAUAUGUGUAUGUUUUUUUUAUUGUGAUGGGAAGUUUUUUCCCCUUCAUUGAGGAAGAGAUGCACAAAAAAGCUUUGGGUAGUGAGAUUUGUCAUAUUGUUGUACUACUAAGCAUAAUUCCAUGUUAUUUUAUGACAAUUAUGUAAUCUUUAGGGUUCUGCAGGCUCCAAUGCCUGAAACGAAUUGAAUCUCUCUUUAAGAUGUAGAUUCAGUGUCUUCUAUGCAUAAAUAUUAAGUGGUGCUCAA